AUGGACGAGAGGCAAGAGACCCCGGAUGUUGCCAUUGGACAUCUUAAGAAGCACAUUGAUAUUCUGGGACCUGACGUAUAUGCCGUCCAAUUAUCGCAGAAUGGCGAAUUGAUGUCAAGCUCAACUAAUCCUGAAGACGACCAAACAAUGUCUGUUUACUACCCUCCCCUGCAGGACGUUCAGCGUCCCAAACAUGUCAAUACUGUGCUCCGUUCAGAGCUGCUCGAAUUAAAUCGAUUUGGUCCAAACGUCGAUCUUGUCUCUUAUCUGCCUCGCGGAGAUGCAACUGAGCAGACAAAAGUUGCCUUCAAGUACUACAUCCUCAGCGAGUGCCUACAUAAGUUUUGGCACGAGAUGAAUGUGUGGAUGCGUCUGCCCGCGCACCCAAACAUUGUUCCGUUUGAUCGACUUGUGCUAGACGAGCUACGCGGCCGCGUUGUCGGCUUUACAAGCCUUUAUAUUCCUGGCGGCACCUUGGACCAGCACAAGUCGCGCAUGUUCAAGCUCGAAUGGCUCCAGCAGCUGAUAUCUGUAGUCGAUGACUUGAAUUUCAAGUAUGGCAUCGCUCAUCAGGAUAUCGCGACACGAAACCUUCUCAUUGAUCCGAAGACCGACGCCCUUAUGUUGUUCGACUUUAACUAUUGCGGGCAGAUAGGUGGUAUUGGAUAUGGAGAGGAUCGCAACGAUGUCCAAGGGGUCAUAUUUACUCUUUACGACAUCAUUACGGGCGACACGCAUUUCCAAGACGUUCGAUAUAGUGAGCGGAAUCCGGCCGACGUUCAAGAAUUGGAGGAAUGGGUGCAGCAUCCGGACGUCAAGCUUGAUCAUCCUGUUUCCGAGUACCGAGCGGUAUUGAACGACUGGGUGUAUAAAAGACAAGCCGAAAGACAGAUUUCUCAUUAUAAAGAAGAGUCUGAGUACAUUGAGUGGCCAGAAUUCCCACAGCCACCCCCGGAGGACUGGCCAUGCAGAGAUAUAAAGGGUAACAUAGUGAGGAUUGGACAAAGAGUGUUCCUGGCUCGUCAGCGCCGUGGCGAGCGCGAGAGAGGGAAAGCCGUCGUAGAGUGGGAGCGUCCUGCGCAGACCAAGCUCAAGGACAGAGAUCGGCUGCUUGCCAAUGGACAGUUUGCUCCUGAUAAUUGA